AUGAACUGCACCGAUGAUGAUGAGCUGAAUGAUGCCAUUGCCCUCUUUCAACUGAUUGUCUACAUCCCAGUGCUCACUUUGGGGAUCCCACUGAACAUGAUUGCCUUCUGGGUCUUCUCCUGCAAACUCAAGAAGUGGACUGAGACCAGGGUGUACAUGAUCAACCUCAUGGUUGCAGACUGUUUUCUGCUCUUUUCCCUGCCUUUCAUGCUAUACUUUACCAAGUACAGACAUCCCGUAGACCAGUUGUGUUUGGCCAUACAAAACAUCUAUUUUACAAACAUGCCUAUGAGCAUCCUUAUCAUCAUGCUGAUUGCGAUUGAUCGAUACAUUGCCAUCAGGUUUCCUCUAAAGGCAAAGAUUCUUCGAUCGCCGCUGAAAUCAGCUUCUAUCUGUGGGUUUCUUUGGGUAACACUGAUAAUUUAUUCCAACUUGCGUCCAAGACUUCAAACAGGAUGGGAAGGAUCCUGCUUUCGAAGGUAUUCUGUUGAACCAAAUUAUUCAUCAUUAUUCUCCUCUAUCUUUGGGUAUUUUAUUCCCUUAGGCAUUGUGAUUUUUUGCUCAGUACAAGUCAUCAGAUGUCUCAGAAAGAACAUGACCACAAGCCCUCAUGAGACAAAAUUAAUCCAGAAAGCCAUCCACAUUAUUUCUGUGAAUUUGUGUGUGUUCACUGUAUGUUUCUCACCUUUCUACAUUGCACUGCUCUUGAGGUUCACAGUGAAUGUUGCUGAAGCUUGUUCUCUGGUCUCAGGAGUUAGAACCUAUAUUAAGAUCUCUGCAUGCUUAGCAAAUUGUAACUGCUGUUUGGAUGCAUUUUGCUAUUAUUUUGCAGCCAAAGAAUUUCCAGAAUUCCCUUCUAUAUUUCCCACCUGUAUAUCUGUGAGGUCUAAGAUGAAUCAAAGCCAGGAAUCACAGCCACCCACAGAUCAAGUCAAGGUGUAG